AUGCUUGAGCUCGACUCCGGUUCUGAUACUCACAUUUCGACACCAGUGUUUGUGGUUGGCUUAGUCAAAACGGGCACAGCCUGCGUGAAACUGGCUCUGGAACAGAUUCGGAGUAGUGAUCAAUGUUUGCACUUGGAUAACUUUAUCACAUCCACUUAUGCCGAUGUGGACGCAUGGAUUCAAGUAGUUCAGGAGUCAGACAAGAUCAUACGACAGGAACAGCUUCGAACCCUGUUAACGAGGUACAACAUGGCUGCCGGUGUGCCGAUUACCUCAUUAGUCGAAGAUUUGCUGGAAAUGUAUCCUACAGCAAAAUUCAUUCUGACCGUGCGCUCUGCAGAGACAUGGCUCGCCACGUGCCGAUCAACCGUACUUCCCAAACAUUCGAAUGGAAUUCGUCAAACACUGCUGAACACACUGGGGGAUCGAAUUGGUUUGGGGAAAUUGGAAAAGCUGUAUCAGCUGAUUUUACGUCGAAAUUUGGGUCAGACCACGGACUUCAAUGAUGACAAUCAGCUGUUACAAGCCUACGUGCGAUGGAACGAGAAUAUCGAACAACUGAUACCGAAACAUCGACUAUUGGUAUUUCAUGUGAAACAGGGUUGGAAACCGUUGUGUCAAUUUCUUCAAGUUCCCGUGCCAAUCGCAUCACCGUUCCCAGAAUUCCGUCAACAGAAAUGGUUACUAAAAUGGAACAAAACGCUCACGUCCAACAUGAAACAUUUGAUCGUGUGUUGUACCGCCUAUGCCUUGUUCGGUAUCGUCGCUCUGAGCUGGAUUCGAUGA